AUGACUGAAUACACCGAGAUGUUCGCACCAUUAGUUGCGCUAUUCAACCAAGCCCAAGUCACAGCAAUACUAAUGGCAUGGCUACCGAAACAACUGGAAAACUAUUUAUCAGGUGUGAUGGCUGUCGAUAUGUUUCUCACGUGUGCCGUAGCAACAGGAGCGACAGCAUCCUUGGGCGCUCUGUACGUUUUCAUACAUAAAAAAUGGUCAGAGACACCAACGAGCAAGGAAGGAGUCGUCGUUUUACAAGUAGAACCUACAUCAGCUGGCCGAUGGGGAUAUCAAUAUCCGUCGCAGUUCUAUGAAGCAUUAUCGUGGAUGAUUAGCCAGCAAACGAAAGAACUUAAUGAAGGUGCAUUCAUAUUACAAAAACCGUCGAACGACGGUUAUCAAGAUGAUGAUGAAGAGGAUGAUUGCGCACCCCAAGAAUUCAAUAUUCUUCCCGAGAAAGAACAAAAAGUUGUAAUCGAAUAUAAGGAAAGAAAAUUCGACGUCACUUUUAAUUCUUUUGACGAUGAUUCCAGCGAGUCGACUAGUCGUAAGAAACAAAAGCCGUCAAUUUUUUUGACUACUAAAGAAGAGUCCGAUACUAAUGUCGCUUCAGUGGCGGAUUUUAUUAAUGGUGUGACGCGUGCUCAUUUGGAAUACUUAAAAUCGAAAAAAGUUCGAUCAAGAUACGAGAGAAAUGGCGAUAGUUGGAAUUUGAUUCAAGCUUUGGUCGGUAGUCGUGGAUUGGAUACAGUCGCAUUGGAUGAACCACAAGAAAUUCUCAUUAAAAAAGAAUUGGAAACUUUCACUAACGACAAAGAAUUUUAUGCUCGUAUUGGUAUUCCAUAUCGUCGUGGUAUUCUACUAUAUGGAAAACCAGGCACAGGAAAAACCUCUUUAAUAAAUGCGAUUUCCGCACAAUUACAACGAGAUCUUUACUUUAUCAAUCUGAAAAGCUUUCAAAAAGAAAAUCCUGAUAGUGAAUUAAGUGCCGCAUUCAGUUCUGUACCCGCGAAUCAGAUUAUCGUUCUCGAAGAUGUCGAUACACAAUCAAAUGUACUACACAAACGGUCACUUCAAAAAAGUGAUUUCUUUGAUGCAAUGUCCUCCGACGACGACAAACCAAUUGUCUCGUCGGGAUUCGGACCUACUUUCAGCUUAUCAACAUUUUUGGGAUGUUUGGAUGGUCACAUAAUUUCCGAAGGAAUCAUCAUAAUCAUGACCACGAAUCACGUUGAACAUCUCGAUCCGGCGGUAAUUCGUCCCGGUAGAAUGGAUUUGCAAUUGGAUCUUGGCUACUGUACACAUUAUCAAAUAAAGAAAAUGUUUGCAAGUGUCACCGAGAAUCCCGAGCUACAAUUUCCGCAAGAAAUUUUGGACAAGAUUCCUGAAGGGCUUUUACCUCCCUGUCAAGUUAUGACAAACAUGGUGUUGUAUCGUAAUGAGCCACACCUGAUUCCGGACAAGAUUUUGGAAUUAGUUGAUAAAGUGAAGCAAGACGAAGAAAAGCGAGAAAUGGAACGUAUUCAGCAGCAAAUUGAAAAGAAAUUCAAACGAACCGAGAAAGUCGAAGGAGAAGCAAAGAGUGAAACUGAAGAAAAUAAAGAAUCAAUUUCAGAAAAGAAGGAAAAUGAAGAAGCAAAGAUUGAAACCAAAGAAAAUGAAACAAUUUCAGAAAAGAAGGAAAAUGAAGAAGCAAAGAUUGAAACCAAAGAAAAUGAAACAAUUUCAGAAAAUAGUAAUGGUAACGAUAUCGACACAGACGAAAAGAAAGAAAGUGAAGAGAAAGAAAAGGAUCUGACUAAAGGAGAAAAAAUAAAUGCCACGAACUUUAAAGAUGAUCUAAUCAAUUUCGAAGAAUCGAUAAUUGAUAAAACGCCUAACGAUGAUACAAUAUCGAAUGGUAGUUGUACCGAUGUUGAGGAAGAGUCAAAAUCCACAAC